AUGGUUCCGCAACGUCGCUGCCAGCGAGUUCGAGCCACCGGCAUUCUGGUCUUGCUCUUGACGGCGACAUUCGUUACACCGGCGGUCGGCAAGAACAUCUCGACCCUCCCCAUCCCUCAGCAAGGAAAGGCUUCGCUGACGCACUACGACCUCACCCUUGGCGCUCUCGCUUCAUGCGGCUGCUCGACCGGCUCGACUUACUUCCCCACCGCCGCGCUCUCCCAAGCCGCCUACGGCUCAUCACUCGCUUCCGGCCCAGCAUGCGGACAAUGCUUCAAUCUCACCUUACUCCAGACCUACGGUGCGACGCCGGAGUGGCUACUGAAUGACGAGCAGAGGAGGAAUGCGAGUGUUGUGGUCAAGAUCACGGACAAGUGUCCCGCUCCGCCGCUGUACGACCCUGACAAGACCUGGUGCGGGGCAACCGCCUCGAAGCCAAACAAAGCCGGCUUCUUCCUUCACUUCGACGUCUCCUCCCCCUCCCCCGCGAUCCCUCUUUCCUUCUUCCCCGUCAACGCCUCGUACGGCUACAAUGACUUUGGCUCAUGGAUCGUCGAUUUUGAGCAGGUCCCGUGUGAAAGGUGGGCGGGAUGGGGUAAUCAGUCGGCUUUAGGUCUUGACGCGAGCUUGACGACCCAAAGCGGCUGUUGUCCAGCCAACCCGCUCUCCGACAACUCUGUCUGUCCAGCAUUCUCGCUCAAGGCUGCUGCGUCGCAUCUACGCAUUGCGCCGACAGCAGCGGCUCUCGUCCUCCUCGCCUUCGCCAACUCCCUCGUGUUUAUCGCCUAG